GCGACGCAGGUCAUACUUUGGCUCGUGAGGACUGUGGGGUUUCAGCCGCCAUAAGAAUAGAUCGUCCCAUCUUACCAUCGUCUUGCAGCUUUUGUUUUUUCUGUUGUUCCUCCCUUAUCAUUCUUCUUCCCGUCCUUCGUCGAAAACUUCGCAAUCCAUUCCGUCUCCUAAAAUGGCCGACUCUCACCCCGAAGGCGCGCCUCUAGAAGAGCAACUUGAGUCAGAAUCCGAAGGUGAAGAACAAACACAAAACGGCGCAGAUGCCACACAAGAACCAGAGACCUCCACAUCUGCCAAACCCAAGAAGAAAAAGAAGAAGUCGAAGAAAGCCAAGUUGGUCGCUGCUCUGACCGGUAACAAGUCAUCCGAACCCGCAGAAUCUUCCCAACCGGCCGCCAAACUGUCAGACGACCAUGUCAAGAAACUCCUCGAUAUGAACCCGUCGCUGAAAGGAGAGCUCGCAGGCGUACCUCCAGCAAAGGCUGCUGAAAUUCUGAAGAAGAUGGAUGUGACACAAUUGCUCAGUGGUCUGUCGCUAAACGGCAAGAACCAAAAAGAUAUGGCAUCCUACAAAUUCUGGGCCACACAACCUGUACCUCGACUGGACGAGCAACCUACUGUCGAAAAGUCAGACGGUCCGAUCAAAGAGGUCAUCCGCGAGCUGGUACCCAAGGACGCAGCCCCCCUCCCAGAAGGAUAUGAGUGGGUCGAGCUCGAUCUCACGAGUGACGCCGAGGUCAAGGAAGUCUACAACCUCCUCUCCCAACACUACGUGGAGGACGACCACGCCAUGUUUCGCUUCAACUACUCCGCCGUAUUUCUAGACUGGGCCCUGAAAUCACCCGACUGGAAAAAGAGCUGGCACAUUGGUGUCCGUGCCAAAGGACCAAGCCGUCUGCUGGUAGCCUCCAUCUUCGGCAUUCCCAUCAAGCUGAAAAUCCGACAGAACGUGCUGGACGUGGUAGAAAUCAACUACAUGUGCGUACACAAGAAACUCCGGUCGCGAAGAUUAGCACCGGUUCUCAUCAAGGAGGUCACGAGGAGGUGUAACCUGGAGGGAGUCUACCAGGCCAUCUACACCGGCGGCGUCGUGCUACCCACCCCCGUCGGCAGCGCACGCUACUUCCACCGAAGUCUGGACUGGCUUAAGUUGUACGAAGUCGGAUUCUCCCCGUUGCCGCCGAACAGCACACAAGCCAAAAUGAUUGCGCGGAACCAAUUACCUCCCAACACUAGUACGCCUGGAUGGCGAGUCAUGCAGGAAAAGGACAUCGAUGCAGUUCUGGACUUGCUGGUCAGAUAUCUCGACCGGUUCGAACUAACCCAGGUUUUCAAUCGUGCUGAGAUCGAGCACUGGUUUUACAACAGACACGAGCCCGACGAUCAAGUCGUGUGGUCUUUUGUGGUCGAGCAGGACGGCAAGAUCACGGAUUUCGCGAGCUUUUACUGUCUGGAGAGUAGCGUCAUUGGUGAGGUGAGCAGGAAGCACGAUAAGAUCCGCGCGGCGUAUCUCUAUUACUAUGCGACGGAGACUGCGUUCAAUCCAAAGGAGAAGGGAUUGAAAGAGAGGUUGCUGCAAUUAGGUCAGGAUUUGUUGAUUGAGGGGAAGAAGGCCAAGUUCGAUGUCUUCAAUGCGCUUACGCUGCAUGAUAACCCCUUGUUCUUGCAGGAGUUGAAGUUCGGGGCGGGUGAUGGGCAGUUGCAUCACUACUUGUACAAUUGGCGGACGAAGCCGAUUAAUGGUGGUAUCAAUGAGAGGAACAUGCCGGAUGAGUCGAAGAGGGGUGGCAUUGGCAUUGUGCUCUUGUAGAUGCAAAGGCAGGUGGUAGCUACGCAAUGCCUCCAUGAUCAGGAACCCUAUGGUGGCUUGACAGCAUGUACCAUGGGCCAGGAUAUCUCGAAGCAGCUGUGAGAAUAUCACAGCGGUUUUAUGAGUGGAGCUUCUUGACUACCUACUACCUGAGGCAUUCCAGUAGCUCAACAUUGUUGUUGCGAGCUACAUCUUUCAUCUGCAUCUUCUUGUGUGAUUGUACACAUCUC